ACACACACACAAGAAAGGAGAAACAUGCACACAUACAAACACAGGAGGCGUAACACGUAACAGUAACUUUCAACAAGUUCAUCAAGUGUGUCCGGGCUAUUCUCUUCAAACUGAACUGCAUUCUCUUGGAUUUUUGCUCCAAAAUGAACAUUUACACACAGAUGCCCAAUUGCCCCUUGGCACGGCUCUUUGUCCUGUCAGUUCUGUUGUUGAUUGGACUGAGAUCGCUGUACGUUUACUUCAACAGCUACAGAUAGUUAUUUAUAGAUCUUGUUUGGUAAUCUUUCUGUUUUCUCGAUAAAUGCACCACGCCUGAGGGAAAUCUGAUUUCAAUGCACCGUAGACUCGUAGAUGAAUGUACUGACAGUAAAACUCUCCUGAAUCUUGGAUGAAUGGGAAUGAUGUAUUAAUCUGUUCUGCUUACACAAGAGGAGUCCUGGUUCUUCAGCUAGAACUUGUAUGUUGUGGGACCUGCUGAAAGCUGAACCUGAGCACGGCGGUGUAAAGAGAGGAAAGUGACUCACUGUGACAGGACACUCGAGCGAGCAGGAAGAGGAAAUGAACACAGCACAUCCAUGAUGGAGCCUCGGUGGGAUUCCUCAUCUCCUGCUUCAGACGCGCUGCUGGAGCUUCAGCUGAGUUCGGAACCCCGGAAACACACCCGGUCCGACCCGGCCUGAGUCAGAGGGGGGAGGGGGGCAACAGGGUACACACUUUCAGCUCUCUUUACACGAUUUAUACUGUUUAAUCAUCUUUAUACUGUUUAAUCAUCUUUAUACUGUUUAAUCAUCUUUAUACUGUUACAGAGAGAGAGAGAGAGAGAGACAGAAAGAGAACAAAGCAGUCCGGGGAAAUAAGAAUUCAUGAGGAAAGUGCUCUCUGAUUGGUUAAGACAUUGGACACGCCUCUCUGUGAGCAUGCGCGCUCAACGAGGAGACGGUUGGAAUCAGAAGAACUCUAUAACCAGAAGAGAACAGCCAUUCAGCCUAUAUGAGAAGCAGCACUUGAGCAGUGCUUGUGUCUGUAAAGAAAUUGUGAGUGGCUUCACUACUAGGACGGAAAGAAAAACUGAGACCAGAGGAGAGUUGGGGUGUAGGACAGUUGUUCUUGCUCAAGGGCUGAAGAUGGCUGCCCCCAUUAGUCUCCGUGUCAUAGUUGAGGAGACAAGAGUUCACAAACUUACCCUUCCAAAUGGAAUGCCUGGCACCGUCGAUGAACUGUUGGCAGCUGCACAACGUGAUUUUAAACUGCAAGGGAGUUUUGCUGUUAUGUACAUGGACCAUGAUUUCAAUGACCAGUUUUUCACUUUGACUUCUACUGACAUGAUUCGUGAUAUGGACACUAUCAAGCUAGUUAAGUUAGAGCCUACUGUUGUUCUUACCCUGAGUCCCAUCUCACCUGAGUUCACUGCCUCCACUCCAGCACUUGAUUCUUCGCUGGACGACAGUGCGUCUGUUAGCUCAGCAGACACCAUCAUUUUACCGGUUUCAUCAGAACAUCGCUCUGCUCCUUGGCCAGUCCCGUUCCCAAUUCCCACCUUUUCUUUUGAUGUUGAAAUGCUCCUUCAACUGGGAAACAAUAUGUUUGAAACCGAUGGAACACUGAUGCAGAAUCCUAGUGUCGUAUCAAAUGUUCUUCAGAAACUCACAGAGACUAUCUUCAACUACACUGCCUAUCCAUCAGGGUGGCAAAUUGUGGCAGUUGUGGAGGCUCUUCUCACCAAACACCCCUGUUUGAGGGAACCAGGGACGUCCUUUUCAGGCAUGUACGGCUGGCAACAGCGAUUAAAGUACAAGAUGGCCAACCAUCGGUCGAAACUGAGGAAGCAGGAUGUGCCGUGCCCAGAGCUUGAAAUCAGCUCAUUGAAAAGAAAGGCACCGGGCAAGAGAAGUCCCGCAGAAAACUGCAAGCGACCGAGAAGGGCAGAGAUCAACUUUCUGCCUCCACUUCCUAAUGGAGAAAACGUCGAAAGCCUUGAGAUGGAGAGACAGGAGCUGCUAAACGAGGUGAAGAAGAUGAACAACAGCCGGCUCAUCGGUGAGAAGAUGGCAAAAACUUUCUCCUACUGCAGGCUGGAGGUGGUCAGUGGGAGCCCAGUGGCUGAUGUCUUCAAAGAAAGAUGGCCAGCUGUAUUUUGUGAAGCUGAGAUCAAGGAGGAAUUCCAAAGGAUCACAACAGUUUCCCUGGAGCAGACAUUCAUGAUGAAUCUGGACCAGUAUACCCCAAAACUCAUUACACUGAUGAGGUCCAAGGGAGGCGUCCGGGGUACCCGACUUAGGCCAUACCUGGAGAAGCUGAGUGAGAACCCAACCAUUGAGACGAGGUGUGACACAAUAAUCCGCUGCCUCAUCAUAUACCUUGGAGAGCAAGUGGAGGAGCUUUUCCAAGACUGCCUGGAGGACACCCCCUUUGAUGAGAGCGAACAUCCAUUGAAGAUCCUCGUCAUCCAUAGAGUGGUAGGACAGGAUCCAGUAGGUGUGUCCAUCCUCAUAGAUGGAAAGGAGGUGUUAGACAACUGUGGCAGCUCUGCGAAGGCUUGUGUUUUACUGAUGGGACUGAUUUAUUCAUUGAAUCUUGCAUAUCCCCCACCACUGCGAUACACAUUUGAGGUGUUCCAGAAGGUUUUCCUGGAACUGGACGGGGUAAAGCUUUUGCCAAAAGUGGCCACGCUCAAGUCAAAGUUGCUUCCCAACAGGGCAUGAUAUGGCUCUUCAGUGUACUCUUGACUUUUCCCUGCCCACGUUGUGUUUUAUAUUUGGGUCAUGGAAAAAAGUGAGUGUUUCCAUCUUGAAAUGAAAAUGGGAUGUGUAAUUUUUACCUGUGCACUUGAAACAAGCUUCUCUUUUUCAUUUAUUCUUAUUAUUUUUUUUAUUGUUAUUUUUUUGUCAAAGUUGAAAUUGAAAUUGUUCUGUGCACAGAAUUGCCCCCGCCCCUUUGUUGAAGGGUCAUGGAAAAAAGUUGACUUCUCUUUCUUACUCAUUCUGUUUCUCUCAUCAAUUUCUCUCUCUCUCUCUCUCUCUCUCUCUCUUUGUUGCUCUCUUCCCCUUCUGUACUGUCUCUCAUCCUGUCUACUGUUGCUAAUGAUGACUAUGAAUAUUCUCUCCGGCCCUCUCUAUCGCUCCUAUGUCCCUAACACACUCCCCUCCCCCUCCGUCCCGCCCUCCC